UCCUAAAAGAGGGGACCGGUGUUUUUUUUUUACAUCAUGUAGAUUUAAGUCCGGUAAAACCAAGCGUACUAGGUCAUCAUCUGCCAUAUAUAAAAUCUGGACGGUUUCUUCAUAUAACUCAGUUGAGAUUGGUGUCUUGAUCGAUGACAACGUCUAUCAUUUCGGAAACCAAAAUGUCUUCGUUUAUUACUUGUCUUUUUUUCUUCGUAUUCGUUGGAGUAGUGAGGACUCAAGGUUUUCAGUUUCCUUCUGACGACAGUUAUGAUUCAUAUCCAACUUGGGGAAAUAAUGACGGACGCACUUUGGCUGAGUCCACUGCAAAUGUAGAUCGUUACGGAAAUACCAAUGCUGAGGCAAAUGCAAAUAGUCAGAGUAAUAAUGGAUGGGCAGAUUCUUGGUCUAAUGCAAAUACCAACCCUCAUGGUGGAUCUGCGAAUGCUGGAUCAAGUUCAGGUACUCAUAAUCGAUGUGAUCAUUCAGGAUCUGAGGCUCGCGCUGAUACGUAUGUCGAUGAAUAUGGAAAUGCUCAUGCAAAAUCACAGAGCCAUGCUCAAAGUGGUUAUGGAGGUAGUAGCGCAGCUUCAGCUAGCGCAACAACAGGAAUAAAUAAAUCUGGACAACCGGUAAGUGCUGCUGCUACUGGAGCCGCUUCUGCUGGACCGGAUGGUCACAGCAGCGCUAUGUCAUUAGCUACAGCUAUUGGAGGAAACAAUCAUCCGAGUUACCAAGGAUAUCACAAUUAUCCGCGAAACUUUAUGCCUUAUCCGUGGCGUAAUAAUCAACCUUCUUUCUACUACAGAAGCGGAGUCGACGAUGCUGAUGAUGCUGAUGAUGACAGCAAAGCUCAACCUGAACCUAAACUAUAUCACUAGAUUGUAAGACUGAAAGUAAUCUUUUUGUAUUAAUUU